ACAAAUUUCUGAAAGAGAGAGAGAAGAGAGAGAACAAAGGGCGAUAACUCUCUUUCACAAGCCCCCUUUCUUUCUCCUUUGCUCUCUCUCUUUUCCCAUUUCUUCUUAAUCCACAAAUAAGAUUAAACGACGUCGUUUCGACGCGGAACGCGGUGUUAUUUAUUUCCAUUGGAGAAUCUCAAAAAUAACAAAGGAAUACUUCAGGCAAGGUUCGAAUAAGACCAGUGAUUGGUGAAGCAUAAACUGAUGACUAACAUGGAUGGACAAUCACUCCAUAAUGCUAAGAAACUCGUUCCGGUACCGCCUCCUUUGCCUCGUUCAGCAGCAACUGGUUAUCCUUGUGAGUAUCUGGUGAUGAAUAAUUUAGCUCCCAGAGGGCAAAGCAGCUGUAUCUCUUCAGCAACAAGAGAUUUGUGGGAGCGCCUUUUCAAUGAAGGUUAUAAAGCAGAUGUUCGCAUUAAUACGGAUAACGGUGGCAUUGUUUAUGCUCAUUCUAGCAUUAUUGCCGUGGCUUCUCCUGUAUUGAGAGGCAUGCUGAAGCAAGCAGAUCGUCGCAAUCGAUGGCGUUCAAUCUCAAUCUUUGGGGUUCCACAUGAUGCUGUGCGAGUUUUUAUUCGAUACUUGUACUCUUCCUGUUAUGAGAAAGAAGAAAUGGAGGAAUUUGUCCUACAUUUGUUGGUGCUUUCGCAUGUAUACUCGGUUCCUCACUUGAAGCGUUUAUGUGAACAGAAGCUAGAAUUGGGUCUACUCAACAUAGAUAAUGUAGUUGAUGUAUUUCAACUUGCAUUACUGUGUGAUUCUCCACGGCUCAGUCUCAUCUGUCACCGUAAAAUAAUCAAACACUUCAAAACUGUUUCGGCUUCAGAAGGAUGGAAAGCAAUGAAGCUGAGCCACCCAAUUCUAGAAAAGGAAGUUCUGGAAUCAAUGAUUGAAGAAGAAAAUAGUAAGAAGGAGAGGGUCAGAAAAAUGAACGAAAGAGAGAUCUAUCUGCAAUUAUAUGAUGCAAUGGAAGCUCUUGUUCACAUAUGUAGAGAUGGUUGUCGAACUAUUGGCCCUCACGACAAAGCCUUCAAAGCAAACCAACCAUGUAGGUAUGCAUCCUGCAAAGGGCUUGAAUUGCUCGUUCGUCAUUUUGCUGGCUGCAAGUUGAGAGUCCCAGGAGGUUGUGCUCAUUGCAAGAGAAUGUGGCAACUGUUGGAGUUGCAUUCUCGACUAUGCGCUGAUCCGGAUAUUUGUAGAGUUCCUUUGUGCAGGAACUUUAAGCAGAGAAUAUCAAAACAAAGCAAGAAAGAUGAAAUUAGAUGGAAAAUAUUGGUUGAAAAGAUUUUGAGAACAAGAGGAAUCGGGAUUGCGUCAUGCUUUCGGCGACUAUGACUAUGGUUUUAGCUGGAGACAUUAAUAGAACUGUGGAUUAACAGCAGUUGAUAUAAAACCAUGUUCAAAUUGUAAAGUUUGUGUAUGAAUUAGGUUAGUAAGAAAUGGUCCUCAAGGAUGAAGUGUUGCUCCUCUCUACCUUUAUUUUAAAAAUAUAAUGCAGAGGAACACUCUCUUCCAACAUUUGUUUAUUUGUUUAUUUUCUUCUCCCCUACCGAUGCUUUAUUUUUAUGUGUAAUUAUCUUCUAAUGCGUUAAAUGAACCAUAUGGCCAUAUCAAUAUUUU